GUACGCAGAGGCAUCCGAGUAGCAAGGUUUUCCAAAACCUUUGCUUUGCAGUCUCUCACUCCGCCAAACACAAGAGAGAUGGGAAGGAAGAAGAAAGCGGAGGAGGGAGGCGAAGCGAGACCCCGAACCGAACACAGCCCUUCCACUGUGUUCGUCUCCAACUUGCCCUACUCUUUCACUAACUCUCAGCUUGAAGAAACAUUCAGCGAUGUCGGACCGAUCAGGCGGUGCUUCAUGGUUACGCAGAAGGGGUCAACUGAGCACCGUGGUUUUGGUUUUGUUCAAUUUGCUGUUACAGAAGAUGCAAACCGUGCUAUCGAGCUGAAGAAUGGUUCAUCUAUUGGAGGCCGGAAAAUUGCAGUCAAGCAUGCUAUGCAUCGAGCUCCCCUCGAACAGCGGCGGUCAAAGGCAAAUCAAGUGGUUCAUUCAGAUGAUAUCUCCAAGUCUAAGAAUGACAAGGAUGGUAAUGCUUCUGGGGCAGAAAAGCUUGCUUCAAACUCGGAGGAAGCAGAGAAACCUGUGAGAGCCAGAAAAGCAGCUACUCUUUCUAGUGCUCUGGCGGUUAAUGCCUCAGGGGCAGAAAAGCAUGCUUCAAACUUGGAGGAAGCAGAGAAACCCGUGAGAGCCAGAAAAGCAUCUACUCUUUCUGCUACUCUGGCAGUUAAUGCUUCUGGGGCAGAGAAACAUGCUUCAAAGUUCGAGGAAGCAGAGAAACCUGUGAGAGCCAGAAAAGCAGCUACUCUUUCUAGUGCUCCGGCAGUUAAUGCUUCCGGGGCAGAAAAGCAUGCUUCUGGGGCAGAAAAGCGUGCUUCAAAAUUGGAGGAAGCAGAGAAACCCGUGAGAGCCAAAAAGACAGCUACACUUUCUAGUGCUCUGGCAGAUAAAGGGGCUUGUUCAGAAAAGCAGAGGGUUGCUAGGAGUGUCAUAUUUGGUGGUCUGCUUAAUGCUGAUAUGGCUGACGAUGUUCACAGAAGAGCCAAGGAGAUUGGCACUGUUUGUUCUGUAACUUAUCCUCUUCCAAUAGAAGAGCUUAAACAGCAUGGUCUUGUGCAAGAAGGAUGUAAAAUGGAUGCUUCAGCUGUCCUUUUUACUAGUGUUAAAUCAGCACACGCUUCUGUAACAAUGUUGCAUCAGAAAGAGAUAAAAGGGGGAAUUGUUUGGGCACGUCAGCUGGGUGGUGAGGGUUCCAAGACUCAGAAAUGGAAACUUAUUGUUAGGAAUCUUCCUUUCAAGGCCAAAGUGGAUCAGAUAAAAGAUAUGUUCUCAUCAGCAGGAUUUAUCUGGGAUGUAUUUAUUCCAUGUAACCCUGAUACGGGAUUGUCUAAAGGUUUUGCAUUUGUCAAAUUCACAUCCAAACAGGACGCAGAAAGAGCUAUUCAAAAGUUCAAUGGGCAAAUUUUUUGGAAAAGGCCCAUAGCUGUUGAUUGGGCUGUUCCGAAGAAAGUAUACAACAGUGGUGCUAAUGCCAUUCUUACUUCAGAAGAUGGACAACAAGAUGGAAGAGACGAGGGAGGUGACAGUAGCAGUGAGGAUUCAGAAGGUGAUGUUGAGGACAUUGGCAAAAGAUCCCAGCAUCCUGAUGAUAUUGACAGUGCUUCAGACGACUUUAAUACAACAGAGAAAGAAGAAAUCCCUGUUGAAGUCGAUUUUAACAAGGAAGCGGACAUUGCAAGAAAGGUUCUUAAAAAUUUGAUCAUAUCAUCUGCCAAAGGAACUCUUCCUUCAUCAGUUGACGAUAUGAUGAUGCCCAAGAGAAAGGAGGAGCUGAAUUUUGAUAAAACCAUUGGUAUACCAAAUAAUUUAGCUGAUGAGUCUGCAAAAGUAUCAGGUGGUACUGAGGUUGUAAACACCAGCAAAAGCAAGGCAUCAGAUCCGAAACAGACCGAAGGAGAAGAGGAUCUGCAGGGAACAGUUUUUAUAAGCAACCUUCCUUUUGAUAUUGAUAAUGAGGAAGUGAAACAACGGUUUUCUGGAUUUGGCGAAGUGCAGUCCUUUAUUCCAGUCCUCCAUCGAAUCACCAAGCGCCCAAGAGGAACUGGUUUUCUCAAGUUCAAAACGGUAGAUGCAGCUACUGCUGCAGCUACAGCUGCGAACGUCGCAUCUGGCUUGGGGAUUUUUCUAAAAGGUAGGCAAUUGAAAGUUUUGAAGGCGUUGGAUAAAAAAUCAGCUCAUGAUAAAGAAGUGGAGAGAGCCGAAAAUGAGGUUCAUGACCACCGCAACCUUUACCUGGCAAAGGAAGGUCUUAUUCUUGAGGGAACCCCAGCUGUGGAAGGGGUUUCAGCUAUUGAUAUGUCAAAACGCCAAAAGUUGGAGAGGACAAAGACGACUAAGCUGCAAUCUCCAAAUUUUCAUGUUUCGAGGACUAGACUUAUUAUAUAUAAUUUACCAAAGUCGACGACUGAAAAAGGACUGAGAAAGCUUUGCAUUGAUGCAGUUACCUCACGAGCAACCAAGCAAAAACCAGUGAUUAAACAGAUAAAGUUCAUGAAGGAUGUGAAGAAAGGAAAGGUUGUUACAAAGAACAACUCACGAGGAGUUGCUUUUGUUGAGUUUACAGAGCAUCAGCAUGCACUUGUGGCCCUGAGAGUGCUUAACAAUAAUCCUGAAACUUUUGGUCCUGAACAUCGCCCAAUUGUGGAGUUUGCUGUUGAUAAUGUUCAGAAAUUGAGGCAACGGAAAGCUAAGCUACAGGCUCAGCAGCAUGCCACCCGUGACGAUCGAACUUUUGUGCGGCGGCAGAGUGAUGAAACUCCCACACCAAAUGCACAUCUGGACAAAAAGAAGUCCGAAAAAAGGAAAUCAAGAGGUGAUGAUAGAUCAGUGAAGGAUUCAGUGUCCAAUAAAGUGGAGGGCAGAGCUACUAAGAAGCCAAAAAACAAUCUAGCUAGUGGAAAGGCAAAAGAGUUUUCAUCUAAAGAAAAACCAGAAGGCUCCCAAUGGAAGUCAAAGAAUCACCAAGCCGGCAAGAAUCCUGGUAGUGGAGGAUCACCCAAGGGCAACACGGCAGCCAAAGUUGCCCAAACCUUAAAAUCUUCCUUGGAAGCAGAUGUACAACCAAGAAAGAGGAAGCUGCAAAAUCAGAAGGAAGAAAGAGAUUUGAAGAGAAGAAGAAAGCCAAAAAAGAGUGAAGGCCCUGAGGGGAAAGGCGCAGUAGAUAAACUUGACAUGCUAAUCGAGCAAUAUAGAUCCAAGUUCUCAAGGCAGAGUUCUGUGAAAACUGAUGGUGAAAAGCAAGGUUCUAGACAGCUUAGAAGAUGGUUCCAAUCCUAACUGUCCAUUAGCAAGUUUUGUAGAAUUUUGUGGCUCAUCCCACCUCAGCUGCUCCUUCUACACCUGCACUGACGACUCUUAACUACCUUGCUUGGGUUUUCAUAGAGACCCAUGGCUAGGCAGUGUGGAUCUCCUCUCACGGUGUGGUGGUGCAAUUGUGGUAAGUGCUAUAUGAAUUGUCAUGUCAGUUUGCAAGGAAUUUAUAAGAAAACUUGUAAUACCCCAAAUAUUUGAUCUAUUCUCAUUUCCUCUCUCUCCUCGUGUGUUUGUUUUUUUUUGAUGCGGAAUCGUAGUGAGGAAUUUAUAAGAAAAAUUGUAAUACCCCAAAUAUUUGAUCUAUUCUCAUUUCCUCUCUCUCUCCUUGUGUGUUUGUUUUUUUUUUGACGCGGAGUCGUAGGAUGGGCUUCUUUUUCUUGGAAGGGAUUUAAUUUACAUGGUGUAAUUCAUGAUAAAUGUCAUUUUCUCUUA